CUUUAUUUUUUUUUUCUUCAAACUUGCCCAUCGCGCUUUCAGCUUUCUCCCUUUUUUCCCCGCCGCUUCUUCGUUAAACACAACAUGGAGAUCCCUGGUGAAGUGCUUCAGCAAUUGACUCCAGUGUUGACGAGUCUUCUCUCUACCGACAACACUCAGCGAUCGGCAGCUGAAACAGAGCUGAAUGAGAAGUGGGUGAAGCAGCAACCCGACCUGCUGAUUGUUGGACUUUCGCAUUUCGUCGCGCAGAACUCCGAGGUUCAGCUGCGCUCCCACAGCAGUGUGCUUUUGCGUCGUCUUGCGUUUAAGCCAUACACGACACCCACAGACCCCGAUGCCACGCUUUGGGACAUGGUCCAGGAAACAUCUCGAAGCAGCGUGAGAGAGCUUUUGCUGGCAUCUCUGGCCAACGAAACCGACCAAGGCACUCGCCACAAGGUUGCCGAUACAAUUGCUGAGGUUGCCAAGUCGGAUCUUGGCAAGAAUGUUGGAUGGGACGCAUUGCUUAAGGCUUUGUUCCAGUGCAGCCAGUCGCCAAAUGCUGCGCUCCGUGAGUCUGCUUUCCGUAUCUUUGCUUCUGUCCCCGAACUUAUCUCUGACCAGCACACCGACACCCUCAAGACCGUGUUCAUGGGCAGUUUGACGGAUGCCGAAAGUCAAGCGGUCCGUUUGGAAGCUAUGAAGGCUGCAGUAGCAUACAUUGUCAAGGCCGAGCCUGAAACCCAGAAGCAAAUGGGUGCCCUGAUGCCACAUAUGCUUGAGACUCUGGGCCCCGUGAUUACGAACCGCGACGAUCAGACGCUUGUCGACGGCCUUGUCGUAUUGAUCGAGUUGGCCGACAGCGCUCCUCGUCUGUAUAAACCCGUCCUUCCCAACCUGCUGACGGUCAUGGUGUCUAUUUCCAAGGACAAGACUUUUGAAGACCGUACUCGUCAAACUGCUUUGGAACUGCUGCUUACUCUGAGCGAAGCUUCGCCUGCCAUGGUUCGCAAGGUGCCCAACUUUGCUUCUGAAGUCAUCCCCGUCGCCAUGGAAAUGGUCACUGAUAUGGAAGACGACGAGAGCUGGUACACGACCGACGACUUGGAUGAGGACGAUAAUGAGGAGAACUAUGUGAUGGGUGAAAGCACGCUUGACCGAGUGGCACGCACGCUCGGUGGCAAGAUUGUUGUGCCCGUUGCCUUCCAGUAUAUCCCGCAGAUGCUCCAGUCGAGCGAAUGGCAGCAGCGCCGCGCUUCGUUGAUGGCCAUUUCGUCGAUCGGCGAAGGCUGCGUCAAGGUCAUGAAGCCCGAACUUGCUAAUAUCAUUCAGAUGAUCGUCCCUUACCUGAAGGACCCCCAUCCCCGUGUCCGCUAUGCCGCCUGUAACGCAAUUGGCCAGAUGUCGACCGAUUUCGCUGACUAUCUGCAAAAGAACUUCCACCAGCCCAUCAUUACUGCUAUCUUGCCUGUCAUGGAGGAUAGCAGCCAGCCUCGUGUCCAGGCCCAUGCUGCUGCUGCCAUGGUCAACUUUUGCGAGGAGGCCGACAAGACCACGCUUGACCCUUACCUUGAUGCCAUCUUUGAGCGUCUGCUGAUCUUGCUGAAGACCCACAAGACCUACGUCCAGGAGCAGGCCAUCACCACCAUUGCCACUGUCGCCGACUGCGCCGAAGACAAAUUCGUCAAGUACCACAGCGUCAUUGUCCCCUUGUUGUUGGAUAUCCUUCGCCAGGCUACCGACAAGCAGUACCGUUUGUUGCGUGGCCGCGCCAUCGAAUGCGCUUCGCUUAUUGGUCUGGCUAUUGGUAAGGAAGGUUUUGCGCCAUACACUCAAGGCUUCAUCCACAUUCUUGCGGAAAUCCAACAAUCUGUCACGGAGCCCGAUGAUAUUCAGACCACCUACUUGCUUGCUGCCUGGGCUCGCAUGUGCAAGAUGAUGGGCCAGGACUUUUUGCAGUACCUUCCCAACAUCAUGCCGCCGCUUUUGCAAUCUGCCCGCGUCACUCCUGAGUUUACGUUUGUCGAUCCCGAGGAAGAGGAUGUCGAAGCCAACUACCCCUCCGAGGACGGCUGGGACUUUGUUGCCAUCAACGGCCAGCACAUUGGCAUCAAGACUUCCGUGCUGGAGGAGAAGCACACGGCCAUCGAAAUGCUGGUUAGCUACGCACGCGACUUGGGCGCCGGUUUCUUGCCCUACGUUACCCAGGUGCUCGAGAUUGCUUUGCCCUUGCUCAAGUUCUAUUUCCACGACGGUGUCCGACACGCCGCUGCUGCCCUGCUUCCCUUGUUGUUGCGUGAUGCCAAGGAAGCCAAUGUGCCCGGCAACGAGCUCGCCAGCAUGUGGCACACUGUCUUUGAAAAGAUCGCCAAGGUCUUUGCCACUGAAGACGAUGUCUCGUUCCUGGCUCAGCUGUACGCUACCUUUUACGAAUGCGUUGAAGUUUUGGGUCAAAACUGCAUGCAGCCCGAGCAGCUCGAGCUUUUCACCAAGGCUUGCGAGGAGCACAUAAAGAUGUUCUUGGAACGAUUGACCGCUCGCGAGUCCGAGAAGCAAGCUGGCGAGUAUGAUCCUGAGGAUGAAGAGCAGUUGAUGGACGAGGAAGUUACCGAAGAAGACGCAUUGAGCGAGCUCUCGCACGCUAUCCAGGUCGUUCUCAAGACGCACGGCGCUGCUACCUUUGGACCUUACUUUGAGCGAUUAUUACCCUUGAUCGUGCCCUUCCUGAACCACCCCAGCUCGACCGCACGCCAAUGGGCCAUUUGUGUGUUUGACGAUCUUGUCGAAUACACCGGCCCCGCUUCGUACAACUAUGCCAACCAGUUCUUGCAGACCAUGGUCAACUCAUUGCAGGAUCCGGCUGCCGAAGUGCGUCAAGCUGCUGCCUAUGGCUUGGGUGUCUGCGGUCAGUUCGGUGGUCCACAAUACGCCGACGUGUGUGCUGCUGCUUUGGAGCCUUUGUUCCACAUCAUCAAAGCUCCCAACAGCCGUGAAGAGACGGUGGUCUUUGCCACCGAAAACGCAAUCUCCGCCGUUGCCAAGAUCUGCAAAUUCAACAGCUCCAGGUUCCCACUAGAUACCGUGCUUGGUCCAUGGUUCGAAGCGUUGCCCAUCGUCAACGACGACCAGGAGGCCGCCUUUGUCUACAGCUAUCUGUUGGAACUGCUCGAGGCUAACCAUCCUAGCGUGCUAGGCCCCAACAACGCCAACAUCCCCAAACUGGUCAAGAUCUUCACCGAGGUACUGGCAGCAGACAUCUUGCAGCCUGAGCUGACACAGCAGGUGGUAAACAACCUGAAGGUCGUCCUGAACGGUGUUGAUGAUGCUACGCGGACACAGCUGUGGAAUGCAAUUGCACCCGAAGCGCGGGCAGUGUUGCAAGAAAAGGGAUACGUUUAGAUAGCCGUCGUUCCUUCUCUCUUCUCUUCCUUUCAGAAUCUCUUAAUCAAAAUUAAUACUUUAAUCGCUUCCCCCUCUUGUAUUUUUUUCUUCCUCUCCCAUUACCACCUUGACCCACACUCUCCCUUGUCUUUCUGCCAAAGGUCUCUCUCUCCCUAACUUGAUUACACACAAGGCCCCUUCCCAACCUUCUGCCUCUCUUCUCUAAACACACACACACACACA